AACGAAGUAACGAGUCUCGUCAAUAAAGACAAAGCAACGACUGCGUCUCUGUUUACCGUUUACCCUCCAAUGCUGAAUUCAACGCUCUGUUUUUUCAAACAAACAAAAAUGCUACAAGAAUCUUUAGAAAAUUCAACUCAAACCCCAAGUAAUGAUCACUUUUCCCUUGUAAAAGAAACAAUCUUAAACAAUUAUUACAACUCCCUUUUCCCCAAUUUCGAACAAUUUUUUUUCUGCCGGACUGUUGAAAGUCAAAGGCUCGAACACCGACGAUUUUAUGCUUCAUUCUGUUUUGGUUUUCCUAUAUGUAGAUCUUUUAUUUGGGUUUUGGUUUCUUAUUAUCCAACAACCAAGGGUUCUCUAAAUUAGCUAUAUUUUUCUGUCUGUUUUCGAGAUUUUUCACUCGUAAUCAAUAAAACACGUGAGAUAAUCAAAAGGGUCUUGAAAAAAAUUCUUUCUUUGAGCUGGAUUUUAAAGAUUUAUAUUCUUUCAUGUUCAUCAAUCCAGAAAGAUUGCUUCUUUGAGCUGAAUUUUAUGUGGGUAUUGGUUAUCGGUUUUUCAUGAUUGAUUGAUAUUGUCGAGGGUCAAGAAUUAGAAGGUUGAGUAUUGAAUGAAGGAAGGAAAUCUGAAGUGUAAAAAGAAGCAUUCAUAUUGAUAUCUUGGGAAAGAUUCAAUCAAGGGGUUGUGUUUAUACGUUUUGUAGUUUUGAUCAUUAGUGAUGGAUGGAUCAAACGGCAGUUCUUCGUCGCCGGCGCCAUUUCUGGUGAAGACGUACGAGAUGGUGGAUGAUCCAAUGACAAAUUCUGUUGUUUCUUGGAGUCACACAGGCCAAAGUUUUGUCGUUUGGAAUCCACCUGAGUUUGCUAGAGAUUUGUUGCCAAAGUAUUUCAAGCACAAUAACUUCUCCAGCUUCAUCAGGCAAUUGAAUACAUAUGGUUUUAGAAAGACUGAUCCUGACCAAUGGGAGUUUGCAAAUGAGGAGUUUAUUCGAGGGCAGCAACAUCUUUUGAAGAAUAUAUACAGGCGAAAGCCGAUCCACAGUCAUUCAGGUCAAGGAAAUGUGGCUCCAUUAAGUGAUUCAGAAAGAGAGCAUUUUGAGAAAGAGAUUCAGCAGCUGAAAGGAGAAAAGGUUUUGCUUCAGUCGGAAGUAGAGAGGCGUAGGCACGAGAGUCAAGGAUACGAGCAUCAGCUCAGUUGCUUACGGCAGACAUUGCAGAAUAUUGACCACAGGCAGCGCCAGUUGAUGAUCAGCUUAGCUCAGCUGUUGGAGAAACCGAGCACCAUGGAACACUCGGAGUUUCAGAGAAAGAAAAGAAGAUCCGUGGCCUUGAAUUUCUUGCAAGGCGAAGGCCUUCAAGGGGAGGACCGAGGCAUGUCCCUCCUAGGAAAUUCAGGCGCUUUGUCUCUUCCAUUGAUGAACUUGGAACAAGUUGAGAAACUAGAUUCAUCCCUAAAUUUUUGGGAGAAGUUCAUCCAUGGAGUUCAGGCUCCAGCCGAAGAGUUUCAUGACUUUAGGCUGCACCCCACGCGUUCGCCUGUCAUCACAGCAUCGUCUGGAGAUUCUGAUUUGAAUGCCCACAUGUCAGCAUCAACUUCGCGAGAUUGCCAUUCCUCUCCCGAGCUGGUUGCUUCCUCGACGUAUGUUGGCAGCCCUGCAAUAUCUUCAAUCUGCAUUGAUCUCGACUCCAGGUUAAAGCCAGUAGGCAUUGAUGUGAACAUAAGCCCAACCAAGACUCCUGAUGAUGGAACACCAAAAGAUCGAGAGCAGGAUGGCUCCAUCCCGUCUGUGGCAGCUGGGCUAAACGACGUCUUCUGGCAGCAGUUUCUGACCGAGGCUCCUGGUUCCUCUAUGGCACAAGAAGUGCAAUCAGAGAGAAGAGACUAGAUCACGAGAAGAAUCCUAGUGCGUUUACUGAUGAGCGAAAGCUAGCUAGCUACUUUGAGCGCUGAGUCACAUAUUAUUUGCUAUCUUGAGGUAUUAUGGCUUGAGUUUGAGGAGGUCAUGUAGAUGCAUAUAUCUCAAGGCUUGAUGAUCAUUGUUUUUUCUUGUUUUCCUUUGCAUCUCGUGUCUCUGUGAUGGCGAAUUCCGGGUUCUGUGCUUCAUUAGAUGUAAAUAGAUUGGGUGGCUCUCUAUUUUAAUAGAUCCUGCAUAACAGAAAAUAAGUUUUGUAUGUCUUUAUGUAGUUGAGAUUCCAUUUGUCAGGAAAGUCUUACUCAUCUGUCGUAGAUAUGUGUAGUUUCUGUCUGAAUAUGGAAUCAGAGAUCUAAUAUGUUGAUGAAGGGAAUUCACUAUUCAGUGUAAAAAUGGUUUACAUAAAAGAGCUUUUGCUUCACUUAGGACUGACCUAAAGGUUUUCAUGUAUUGUAUCUUCUGCACUCUUCCCAGCAUGCUCUUCUCUCACAUUCUUCUUAUCAGCAUUUCUUGCUAUCUAUCUCCUGCAUCUAGCUAAUGUCCUCUCAAUCUGUAGAUUGAUUUAAUUGAAAAUGCGUUUCUCCCUGCUAACUCAACUUUAUUCUUCAUGCAGCUAUACUGAGAAGAGCCUUUUCUUGCUAGUGUCUCGUGUUAUAUGGCAGAGACGUCGACCACCAAGCCGUUGGGAGAUUUCCGGUCGAGGUCAAGAUUCUGAUCCAAAUUCUGUACAACUACUUCCAGAUGUUGCAUAACUCAUAAAUAAUUUUUUGUUGAAUUUUUUUUUCGGGUUUCAGAUUAUAUAUGUAGUAUUGUAGUUAUGGCCACUAUGUGCCAAACUUUUGACUACAAUUUGACAUGAAGUUAUGAUGAAAUGAUAUAAUUUAUACAA